AUGGAAGCGGCAUCUAAGCUGAUGUUUAGCAUAGACUUGCUACCACAAGUAUCAAAGCACAUCGAAUUUCUGGAGAGAGUUGCAGAAGUCCCAGACCUUAAAGACGAAAAUGUGCUGAGACGUGCUGUAUACAGAUACGAGAAGUACUGGUUGCCGCUCGCUGCUGUUCACAGGGACAAAUGUCUCGCUGCUCCUCUUGACAUUGAGUGGAUAUGGCAUUGUCAUAUGUUAUCCCCUAACAACUAUGAAAGCGAUUGCAUUUCUCUUGUUGGAGUUGUCGUCAGCCACACAUUUUACAACAAACAAGAGAGGGAACAGAGUUUGCAGGUUGCAAAGAACGGCUGGGUACAGAUGUACGGAGAUAAAGAUGAACCAUUUACGAUGGAAUUCAGCAAACUGGACAUAGACGCUGUCGAAACCUUCAGAUCUUCUCUGUCUUACGAUCUUGUUGCAGCCGCACUGAGACAAUCGACAUUCUAUGAUAAGAUAUCAUCAAUUGAAUACAAGAAUGAAAACGAACUAGAAAACGCCAACGAAAGAUAUAAACAAUAUAUUUAUCUGUGCAAACUUCUACCACAACUCUCGCUUACUCCAAGCAUUAGCAUGGAUCUGCUGUGGCAUACCCACCAAGCAAACCCACACGUGUACAAAUUUGACAUGGAAAAAAUACUUCGAAGAUUAUUACUGCAUGACGACACGAAUACUGAUCAUGGUGAAGGAUCGAAGUUGCAUAAAGCGACCCAACUAACGAAGACAAGCUGGGAAAAAAUCUACAACGAACCGUUCGAAAGUUGCAUUAAACUUUACUGUUACGCACAAUGUUGGAGUUCUAAGUGUUACGGCAUUUGCCGUUGUUGA